UUUUUUUUUUUUCUUUCUUUCAAAUAGGAAGAACUCGCUGGUUUAGUUCUUUCUUUUUAUUUAUACAUAUAUAUAUAAUAAUAUAUACAACCAUGUCAAGUCCUCUUGUCAUGGCUUCCACUUUGAAUGCCAAAAUACUUCAAGAUCGUGAUUCUGACUUUGACCAUGACUAUGAAUUCCCUACUCACCUGUUACCAGAAAAGAUGACGGACGAUAGUAAAAUUCCUUUGGUAGUGGUUGCUUGUGGAUCUUAUUCUCCCAUCACGUAUUUACACCUACGCAUGUUUGAUAUGGCAAGAGAUCAUUUCAGAGAACGGGAUGAAUAUGAAUUAUUAGCAGGUUACUAUUCGCCAGUGUCAGAUGCAUAUAUGAAGGAAGGACUGGCUCCAGCAAAGCAUCGGGUAAAAAUGUGUCAACUUGCCGUGGAAAGUACAUCAGACUGGUUAAUGGUCGAUUCAUUUGAAGCUCGUCAAACAACUUAUCAACGGACGGCAGUGGUUUUAGAUCAUUUUGAUUAUCAAUUGAAUCAAAUACAUGGUGGUAUUCGUACUCAAAAUGGUGAUUACAAAAAGAUUCGCAUCAUGCUAUUGGCUGGCGGUGAUUUGAUCUCUUCAUUUGGUCACCCUGGUGUAUGGUCUUCCAAUGAUUUACAUCACAUUGUUGGUCACUACGGCUGUGUCAUUAUUGAACGUACUGGAACUGAUGUAUAUGGCUUUUUACUUUCCCACGAUAUUCUUUAUCAACAUAGGAUGAACGUCAUCGUCAUCAAGCAAUUGAUACAUAACGACAUUAGCUCAACAAAAAUAAGGUUAUUUGUUAAACGGGGUAUGUCUAUCAAAUACUUACUACCGGAUCCCGUGAUUGAUUAUAUUCAUAGUCAUGGUCUUUAUUUGUCCAAGGCUACCUAGAUCUGUAGAUCUAUUUUUAUUUAUUUAUCUUUUAUCUUUCUUGUUUGUCGUUGUAUUUAUCUCUCCUCUUUUGUCAUUCAGAUUCCUAGUAUAUUCAUAUAAUCAAUAUAUCAAUCAAUAUUUUUAGAUUAUACUUUUAUUUGAUAUAAUGUAUUUUAUUGAUUUUCUUAUUUUUGGGCUUGACGUCUCUAAUAAUUCAUUGUUACAACCACAAUAAAAAUAUCAUUUAGAACGAAC